CGAUGUCCAUCCAUUUUCUGAUUCCUAAUCUAUUCUAUUCUGAUUCCUAAUCCUACCCUAUCCUGAUUCGCCGCCGCCAUGAGCAACAAGAAGCAGAGGUUGUUGAACCCGAAUACGAAUCCGGAAGAGGUGCUGGCAGUCCCCGUGAAGCAGAGUGAUCCGGUGGAGCUGUACCGGCCGUUACGCAAUUUGGUAACGAGAAUAUACUCAGAGAGCAAUGCAGAGAAAGUUGAAAGCGUUCUGGAAACCCUAAACAAAUGCCGCAGCGACAUGGUGGAGCGAGGGGACCUCUCCCUUCCCAUGCAACGUGACUGCCUCAUCCACUACUUCAAAUGCCUCUGCAUGGUUGAGCCACUCUUCUCCGAUGCGGACUCCGAUGCGGACUCCGACGCCAUCGUCUUUGUCUGGUACGACGCCUUCUACUCUGAGCAUGAGGGAGGGGUCUCCUCCCAGCGCAACAGCAUCCAAUUGGAGAUGGCUGCUGUUCUCUUCAACCUUGGCGCCAUAUGCAGCCAGAUUGGGGCCUCUUUCGACCGCACCACCGCCCUUGGCCGUCACCUUGCAAUGGACGCCUUCAUUGCCGCCGCCAGAUUCUUCAUGAAACUUUGGGAGGUUCACGCCAAGGAGGUCUCCGCCACCCUCGACUUGAGUCCCCUCUUCGCUGAGAGUCUUCACUGCCUCUUCUACGCUCAGGCUUUGGAGCUCAAAUUACAGCAACAACAAAACAACAACAGCAGUUCGGCUCUUGAAAAAAAUCGAUGUGCCUUUUUGUUUGAAUCGGUUUCUGCGCAUUAUGAGAGAGCGUAUAAUCUGAUACUGGGUGAUUCGGCUGCAAUCGACCAUGUCCUCGCAUUUGACCCAACCUGGAUAACUCAUCUUCUGAAGAAGGGCAAAUUCUUUCGGGAGGAGGCACGUCAGAGGCGAUCAUCCAUCCUACCCAAAUCCCUGACACAUGAACCACCAUUCUCGUCUAGGUUAUCUUGUGCUAUUCUUGAUCAUGAUGCAGAAUCUGUCACUGAAAAAUUAGUUAGAGGGACUUGCAGGCGAUUGGACCUGUGGAUACCCAAGCUAGAAGGAUGGUACCUUGACGUCGUCCUUUCCGAGGACACCCCUUUCAAGAUUAUCGAUGGUAGAAAGCUGGUGGCUAACCCAUGGGACAUGCCUCCUCCUUAUCCAACAAAUUACGCAAUCCUCUCGUCUUCCUCUUCGUCUUCGUCACAUAUUCUGGCAUUGCCUUUGAAGAAGAGUGAGCCCUUGGACCUCUACGAGUCCUUGCGCAAUUACUUUGUUGUCAAUUACUCUGAGAGUGUGGCAAAGAGAGUAGAAGGCGUUUUCGAAAUGGUAAACAAAUUGCGUAGUGAAAUGCUGCGUGAUGACCUCCCUGUACUCAUGCGCCGUGACUGCCUCAUCCGCUAUUUCAAAUGCCUUUGCAUGAUUGAGCCUUUGUUCCCCAUGACUACCUCACCCAACCCACCUAUCUUUGUUUGGUACAAUGCCUUCAACCCACAAGAGAACUCUUCUCAGCACAACAUCCAUUUGGAGAAGGCCUCUGUUCUCUUCAACCUGGGAGCCCUCGGCUCCCACAUUGCUCUCUCCUGCGAUAUCACCACCCUCCAAGGCCAGCGCAUUGCCAUAAACGCCUUACAAGAUGCUGCAUAUUGGUUCUUAAUACUAACGCAUGAGGCUGAGAAGGCAUCUGCCACCAUUGACUUGUCAAUAAGCUGCACCCAGAUGCUGCGCGAGAUAAUAACCGCUCAGAUUGCUGACUUGGAAUGCAGGUUUCCUCAACCUCGUUUUGUAUCAGAUUCUGUUGGAUGUCCUGUUUCUCUGCUUUACCGGAAAGCUUUUGAACUGUCGGCAUUGGGGCCUUUAGCUGAGACUCGUCCUGUCAAAUCCUUGAUACCUAAGUAUCUUGGGUCUAAUUUGAUAACCUGCCAUAAUGAAUUUGCACCUGUUGAUGUCACUGAAGAAUUUAUUACAGGGUAUUGUAAGGCUGUACGAUUUCUUUCAGGGCAUUGUGGGGCUCAACACGAGUUUCCAGCGGGAUGUCAACCACCAUGCUUGGACCUUCUCUCCGAGGCUGGCCCUGUCAUGAUUAAGGAUGAAAAUCUUGUGGCCAACCUUAGAGGCAGUAAUAUUAGCAUUGGAGGAAAUGAGCUCACUGGAAACCACCAUAGAGAAAAACUAAACAAGUUUAAGAAUGUUGGAAUUUUGUUCGUUGAAAAUUCGUUGAUGCUAGAACUCUUUGUGAAUAUAGUAUCCUCUUAAUUUUGUUUGUUGAUGUGUGAAUAUAUUCGUUCUUAUUCCUCACCAAUUUGUAUGCCUCCGAUCUCGUAGCCGUUGUUAGUUUUUGUUGCAUAUUGGUAGAUAGGCCCUAGUUAUGUUUUCUCCUCCAUGAUAUCUCAUAAAUUAUCAACGUGAUUGCUCCUGGCAUGGAAGGAUUUGUAUAUAGUUCUUUAAAAUUGGAUAAUUUAAUAUCAUUCUUAACC